AGCAUAAAAAGGGACACACGCAGCACUGAGGAGAAUGAAUGACCUCGUUCAAACAAAGUGACUGUGAGCGUGAGGAUCUGCGGCAAACUGUGCAGGACUGCUUCAUCUACAAAAAUCCGGGUAGCAGCCGACCAAUCACAUUGGAUGAAGCUUUUCCUUACAGCCAGACGACAUCACUUUGCGUUCUGUGAGCAGCCCUCUGCAGCAGACGGUGGCCAGUAUCCUGCUUUUCAGCUGGGAGGGACGACCAUCCAAUUACAUCUUCUUCCCCUCUUAAGUCCAUUAAUCACCUCAUUACAAAGGCCUCUCUUCCCUUAAAGGAGAGUUUUGUCCUGCUAUCACACUUUAUCACAUUAGUGCUUAAUUAAGAAUUAUGUCCUAGCAUCUUGGUUUUAAUUAUGUGAAUGCCUGGCUCCAUUUGUUAAGUAACUAUGUGGUGACAUGCAGCAGCAGCAACCACUGCAGGAAAGACACGGAGGGAAAACCGGCUGUGGCCUUUUGCUGAAGUAAUGAAUUUAGUUUUAAUGAUGAAGGAACACAGGGCAGAGCCUCCAGGCAAUUGCAGCUUAUUUGGUAGAGUGAACACAGAUACCCUCAAAAGUAAAAGGCAGCUGUGAAAUAUGUCACCUUAUAGGGCCAAAGUUGAAUAUAGACCCACAGGAAAGCGUUGUGAAUGCACUGACAUCAACAACUGUAAUUCUAUCAGUACUAUAAAAGGAUUGUUGCGAAGAGGAUGUUCGCCACUGCCUCUUUGUCUUCACAACGCCGUGUUUGUUUUGAAGAGAGAGGAUAAGAGCUUCUACUCACAGAGGAGCUGAUGAAGCUUCUGCGUCUUUGUUCAGAAGGUUUAGUUCUUUGACUCCUCCUGCUGAAAUCUGCUCCCCAUGCAGCACAUUGCAUAAACAUUUACUGGGGGUUGAUGUGGCAGACAAUGCAGCAGCAAAUAGCAUGACAAAUAACUUUCCAUUCAACUUUUACAGUACUUACGCAGUGUGGCCCAGCAAGAGCCGUUCUCUCUUUUGAAUAGUUCCCCUGUGUCCCUUUGCGAAUAAUGCAAAACUUUCACAGUUAGACCAACAUUAAAACUUAUAAAAAUGCAAAUGAAAGAAAAUGAGUAAAAGUACAGAUGACAAUCUAUAAAUCCACAGUGACUAUAAAAGGCAUUCACAAAGCUUAAUAAUUUUCCCUUUGUGUUGCUUUUCAGUGUUUUGUCAUGGUCAGUAUAAUUUGUUUUGUUGUACAAGAAUUUACAAAAAAAAAUUUAAAAGACUCUUUCAUCUCAAAGUGAAAACAGAAUUCUACAGUAACGCCAGUUUAUUAAAAACACAAAAUGUGAAUUAUUCACCCCACUUUAAAGUGACUCAGAUCAUCUGAGUGCAGUGAAUGUGUCUCAAGAAUGUAACUUAAAGACACCUGUAUCUGGAAGGUGCAUUCACUGGUGAAUCAGCGGUCCUGGCUAUGACUACAACAUGAAGACAAAACAACACUUCCAGCAACUCUGUGAAAAGGUUCUUGAAAAGCAAAAGUCAGGGGAUGGAUACAAGAAAAUUUCCAAAUCACUGAAUAUUCUUUGAAGUGCUGUUAAGUUGAUCAUAAUGAAGUGGAAGAAAAAUGGCACAUGCAGAAAUCUUUCUAGAGAAGGUAAUCGUCAAACACUUAAUGACCAUUCAAUAAAGGCACUUGUAAGGGAGGCCACCAAGACACCUAUGACUCCUCUGAAGGAGAUACAAGCUUCAGUGAGUGAAAUGGGAAAGCCUCCAUACAAAAAUAGUUGCCUUUCCUCACCUGUGAGAAAGAAAAACUGGAAGAAGACUGUUUGGUCUGAUUAAGCAUUACACACCAUCACAAACACACCAUUCCUAAUGUGAAGCAUGGUGGUGGCAGCAUCAUAAUGCUUCUUGGCAGCAAGGCCUGAAAGGCUUGUAAAGGUGGAGGGUAAAAUGAAUUCAACAAAGUAUAGGGAAAUCCUCGAGGACAACCUGAUGCCAUCUGUAAGAAAACUGUGACUUGAGAGAGGAUUUGUCUUCCAGCAAGACAAUGACCUGAAGCAAACAGCCAAAACUACACAGAAAUGAUUUAUAGACAACAAGGUGAAGUGGCCAAGUCAGAGCUCAGAUCUGAACAGACAAAAAGAGGUGUUCACCUACGAUCCCUGUGCUACCUGGCAGAGCUUGAGCAGUUUUUCAAAGAAGAGAGGUGUAAAAUUGCAGUGUCCAGAUGUGGAAGGCUGAUUGAAACCUAUCCACACAGGCUCAAUGCUGUAAUUUCAGCUUAAGGUGCAUCUACCAAAUACUGAUUUGAAGGCCCUAAAUAUUAUCACAUUUGUAUUUAUAUGACAUUACUUCAUGUUACUUUAUUUAUAUGAAAUGUGUUUUCACUUUGAAAAGAAAGAAUUUUUAGGGGAAAAAAAGCUGUCUCUAGACCUCUAAAAUACUGAGCGCUAAUUUUGACAUACAUUUUUGGUCUUCUUCCAUGGCACCAACUAGCACAAACAGAAAAAACAACCAAAUUGGAAUGGGGCGUUGAAAAUAGGCUUUUCUUAAUUUUAACAUUCUUAUUCUUAUAGAUCGGAAUAAUGAUAAAUGAGGUACAGGAGAACAUGAGAACAUCUGUGCCAAGAGAUAUCAAACUACUGAGAACAAUGUUCAAACUUGGUACCGAAUGCUUGGUCAGAUCUUCAUUUAUUCUUUUCUCAGUUUUUAUUCAUGAAGGAGUUUUUUUCAUCUAUUUUUUUAGUAUUUUUAUGUAUGUUAUGUUGCUGUGUGGUUUGUGUUCGAGGUAGUAGUUGGUGAUGAUCUUGAUAAAGAAUUGUUUUGGUUAAUGUUGAAACUCUUGUAUUAAAAUUUCAUGCACUACACAACCGUACUGUGAUGGAGCAGUUUUAUCCUUUUUAACACAAUAUCUCAAUUAUUAACCAGUCUGACCAAACAAGGUUGGUGACGCAUUUAACACAAGUUGCUAUUGUAUGCAGAUUUUUCAUUCUUAAUUAGCUGUUGAACAAAACGCAAAAUUUAAUUUAUGUUGCUUUGGUAACAACUGUGCUUUGCUAUAUUUAGCAUUUUUGAUUCAAUAUUAAAAUCCAUAUGUUAUGUCUCUAAAUUAAAGCGCUAAUGAUUCAUUGAUUAAACACUUCACAUGGUAGAUUGGAGCUGACACAUGAGCUUUACCUCAGGGUUAAUGUCAGAGCUGGUAAUUGCCGGAGGCUCGCAGAAAUAAUUGGUUAUUGUAGAAGGAUUUUUUUUUCUCUGAUGUGUCGUUUAUAUUGAAUGUUUCAGUGUUGGUGUCUUUGAAUUCUCAUGCCAGAAAGUGGAACUGUGGCUAAUGGCUGUCUAUUUUCAAAACUGUGGCUCUAAGGAGGACUGUCAUCUGAAAAGUUCUAGGAAUCUAAUUCAAAAAGUGUAUGAUGUGUGACAGUCCUCCAUUUCCAAAAAGCAAUGCUUACAGUCUCUUGAAGUUCCAUCAGAUAAAAGAAUAAUGAUGCCUGCUGGGCUUGCUCACUGUACAUAAACUGACCAACUAUUCGUCAACUUUUAGGAUUCCUAACUGGAAGCAAGUCAACAAAAAACUUGUUUGGUUUAGAGCCUUAGAUGAAUCCAGAAGGAGCUCCUCACACAUAGAGUGUGAAGCGACUGCAGCAGCAGAGAGGAGAAAGUGUUUUUGUUGCUUUCAAUUAGCAGGAAAAACAAACGCCUCCUCGGUGAAGGGGGCGGAGGUUCGGGUGUUGGAUGUGAUAAUGAUCCGGGGGUUGACGUGGGAGGAGAAGGGGGAGGACAUGCCUUUGAGGACAUGUCAGCGCAGCAGGCGGCGCUUUCUCCCAGGGUGCACUUCAGAUGUUUAAGGUGGGACAGCCAAUCAGAUAUGAUGAAGGUUGACAUCUCCAUUUUCAGUUUCCCCACCACCGGCUCAUCAUCUGUUGUAUCGGUGCUGCAGAUGUAGCGCUAUGAACAGAUUGAUGAUCAGGGCAGCACUGAUAACAGCUGGAGUCAAAUUGUAAAUUGAUUCACGUGUGGAUGAUUCUUUCUGCGAAGUGACGCCUGUGCUUUCAAAAUGAUGGAUUUGGUCCCAUUUUGGUCCGUGUAUGGAUCUGGUAAUUGGAUUUUCCGUUCUGAAACGGGUAUUGGAAAAACAAAAAAGAAGUGGUUAUUUGAUUUUUGUUUUAAAAUACAAAAAUUAAAAUUGAAAUACAAGGCGUUUUUCCUUUUCAUGAUCAAAAAGGGAAAUACGAAAUUUCAAAAAUGCUUUGAUUUUCAUUUUAUAUUUAGAAUAACAAGAAAAUGAAAUCAGUAAGAGACAGAAACGAAAAAAGGUCCGUUUUUUCCCAUUUUCUGAGACCGGAAGUGGUCAUCAGCAAGUGUCGAGCCAAACGACAACAAGAUUAUCAGAGGGCGGAGCCAGAGAGCAGUGACUAGUCAGACCUCAGACAAUAUGGAAGACAGCGCGCUAGCGGAUCUAGUCUAUGUAUAUCUACGGUCGGCACGUCUGGUAGCAUCUCUGGCUGCUGUUGACCUUGUUUUUGGAGUAAAACACGGUGGAAGCUGAAUUAGUGAGGAUGACUCCUGCUCCUGUCAUCUCUAAGCUCCUCACACAUCUUUACCUGCACAUGAGGAAAAUCACUCCUGUAGAAUGCAGUGGUUCAUCAGAACCUCUGGGGAUGUCCUGUGGAUUCUGUGGAUCCUGUGGGUUGCAGGGUGGGUCCUACCUAGACCAGGCUGAUCCUGGACCAUUCCACAGAUGCUCCAUCAGAUCUGGAUGUGGGGAGUGUGGAACCCAGGUGAACAGCUUAGCUCUGUCGUGUUACUCAGACCACUCCUGAGUAGUUUUAGUUUGUCCUGCUGAGGGUGGCAGCUGGCAUCAAGGACUGCUGUUGCCAUGGAGACUAGGGGAUUGUUUGUCCAUCAGUGUUUAGGUGGUGGUACAUGUCAGACAUCCACAUGAAUGUCAAGGUUUCCCAGCAGAACGUUGCAUUAGAACAAGAUGAUGAAUGUUGUUCUCUUCAGCUGUCAGUGGUCAGAAUGUUGUGGCUGAUUGGUGGAUCUGUCUGCCUUUACUCUGACAUCCAGAGUUAUACAAAAGUGUAGUAUGUGUGCAGUGCAGAAGAGAUUUGCUUUAUUGUAUGCAUUUUUUUUUUUUUUUUAAGGGAGAACAUUUUUUUUAAUCCACCUGAAGAAGACCUAAUCUUUCCCUUCAAAGGAUAGUUAAUUGUUACUACGGCUUCCAUAGUGGUCCCAUUGGAGAAAAUCAUAUCCAUAUACAGAUUUUUAUUAAUUCCAGGGCUGGUUCAGUACAGAUUAUAAUAAUAACUACAUCAGAUAAUUCUUGGUUGCAGUUGGAAUUUUGCAGCCUGAAAGAUGGUUGAGAAGGUUUGCAGUUGUUGUUUUAGCAAUAUGUUAUAAUAGAAGAUCUUUAUUGUCAUUGUACAUGAAGUUAUCUGCAAACCAGCAAAGUGCAUCAGUCUGAGGUUGUUAAUUUGGUUGUUAAUUUACCAGAGGAUGCUUCCUGCUGACGUCUGACAUUACGGUGAACGUAUUGCGUCACUUCCUGUUGUAGCGAUGUGUUGUGUUCUGUGACUGUUGUAGCUUAUCCACUCCAUGUAAUUUGAUAUUCAUUUAAUCUUUGUGUAACGGUAAUAUUUGAAUCGAAACAUACACUCGUUUUCUUCAAGCACCUUCUCAGUACUUAAUUCUAAGUUAAUCUGUUAUCUCUGUCCGCUAGCCUAGCACUUAGCAGUUAGCAUGGCUUCUCCCUCUUCCUCUCCUUCUCUUUCCUGCUCAGUGUGUCACAUUUGUAGUUACUCCUCUGCCUCCUUUAGUGAUAACGAUACCUGUAAUAAAUGCAGUCUCUUUGUAGCUUUGGAGGCGAGGCUCUCUGAAUUGGAAGCGCGGCUCCGCACCAUGGAAAACACCCCACUAGCUGUUAGCCAGGCCCCCUUAGCCGGUGCGGACCGCAGUAGUAUAGCUGCUAGUGUAGCUUCUGCUAGCCGUCCCCUAGCAGCUCCCGAGCAGCCGGGAAGUCAGGGUAGCUGGGUGACAGUUCGUAGGAAACGUAGUCCUAAACUCAAGCCCGCUGUCCCGGCACACCACAAACCACUUCACGUUUCUAAUCGUUUUUCCCCACUCAACGACACACCCGCUGAGAAACGAACUCUGAUCAUUGGCAGCUCCAUAGUCAGAAACGUGAAGCUAGCGACACCAGCGACCAUAGUAAAAUGCCUCCCAGGGGCCAGAGCGGGCGACAUAGAAGCAAAUUUGAAACUGCUGGCUAAAGAUAAUCGUAAAUAUAGUAAGAUUGUUAUUCAUGUCGGCGGUUACACCCGGUUACGCCAAUCGGAGGUCACCAAAAUUAGUGUGGCAUCGGUGUGUAGCUUUGCCAAAACCAUGUCGGACUCCGUAGUUUUCUCUGGACCCCUGCCUGAUCUGACCAGCGACGAUAUGCUUGGCCGUAUGGCAUCGUUUCGCCGCUGGUCGUCUACGUGGUGUACUGCAAACGACGUUGGCUUUAUAGACAAUUGGAGCGCUUUCUGGGGAAAACCUGAUCUGAUUAGGAGAGACGGCAUCCAUCCCACUUUGGCUGGUGCAGCUCUCAUUUCUAGAAAUAUGGCUGAUUUUAUUAGAACUCCUAAAGCAUGACAACCCAGAGUUCAGACCAGGAUGCAGAGUUGUAGUCUUCCACACCUCUCUGCAGUUUCCUCUCAGCUGUCACCCUCCAGUAAUUCAGUUAGCUUUAUUGAGACUGUGUCAUUCCCCCGACCACCAAAAUUCAAUAAAUUAAACAAUUCAAAAAUAAACAAAAGACAUAGUAACCAUAAAAAUCUAAUUAAAAUUAAUACCACUAUUUCAACUGAGCGAAGAAACAGGACAAUUAAAUGUGGUCUGUUAAAUAUUAGAUCUCUCUCGUCUAAAUCUUUGUUAGUAAAUGAUUUGAUAACUGAUAACCAGAUUGAUUUGUUCUGUUUGACUGAAACCUGGUUGUAGCAGGAAGAAUAUGUUAGUCUAAAUGAAUCAACUCCCACUAGUCAUACUAACUGUCAUGUUUCUCGAAUCACAGGCCGAGGAGGAGGAGUGGCAGCAAUCUACCACUCUAGCUUAAAAAUGAACCAGAGACCUAAACCUAGUUACAGUUCAUUUGAAAAUCUUAAUCUCAGUCUCUCUCAUCCAGAUUUAAAAGCUCAGAAACCAGUUUUAUUUGUUGUUGUAUGUCGUCCUCCUGCUCCUUACUCUGAGUUUUUAUCUCAAUUCUCAGACUUCUUAUCUGAUUUAGUGCUCAGCUCAGAUAAAGUGAUUAUUGUGGGCGACUUUAACAUUCAUGUUGACGUGGACAGUGACAGCCUUACGACUGCUUUUAAUUCAAUAUUAGACUCAAUUGGGUUUUCUCAACAUGUACAUAAACCAACUCAUAGUUUUAAUCAUACCCUUGACCUCGUUCUGACUUAUGGCAUAGAAAUCAAACAGUUAACAGUAUUUCCCCGGAACCCUCUUCUUUUUGACCAUUUUAUGAUAACAUUUAAAGUUACAACAAUAGGUUGUAUAGGAGUUAAGAAUAAACAUCGUUACAGUAGAUGUCAUUCUGACAAUUUGGUGACUAAAUUUAAGGAACUAAUACCCUCUCUAUUUAGUUCAGCACCACUUACUGAUAUAAUGGAAGGGAAAUAUUAUAAUUUUACCCCCACAGAAGUGGAUUAUAUUGUUAAUAAUGCUGCAGCCUCAGUGCGUACAACACUUGAUAGUGUUGCACCUGUAAAAAAGAAAGUUAUAUCUCAGAGAGGACCUGCUCCUUGGUAUAAUUCCCAGCUGCAGAAUUUAAAGCAGGCGUCCCGAAAGCUGGAAAGGAAGUGGUACUCCACUAAUUUAGAAGAAGUUUAUGUAGCUUGGAAAAAUAGUCUAGUAAUUUAUAAAAAAGCUCUUCAUAAUGCCAGGACAACAUACUAUUCAUCUUUAAUAGAGGAAAACAAGAACAACCCUAGGUUUCUCUUCAGCACUGUAGCCAGGCUGACAAAGAGUCAGAGCUCUGUUGAACCUUGUAUUCCUUUAGCUUUGAGCAGUAACGACUUCAUGAGCUUCUUUACAAAUAAAAUUAUUACGAUUAGAGAAAAAAUUAAUCUGGCCCUUCCUACAAAUGUCACAGAUGUAUCAUCGAGUACAAAUACUUUAGAAUUGGCUGUAAGACCAGAUGGAUAUUUAGAAUUUUUCACUCCCAUACAUCUCUUUGAACUAAUUUCAAUAGUUUCUACAUCCAAACCAUCGACAUGUCUUUUAGAUCCUAUCCCAUUGGCCUCCAGUACUACUGUGAGGAACCUCGGCGUUAUCUUUGACCAGGACAUGUCCUUUAACUCACACAUAAAACAAAUCUGUAGGACUUCCUUUUUCCACCUGAGAAAUAUUGUGAAAAUCAGGAACAUCCUGUCUCAGAGUGAUGCAGAAAAACUAGUCCAUGCAUUUGUUACUUCUAGGCUUGACUACGGUAAUUCCUUAUUAUCAGGUUGUCCCAAUAGCUCUCUAAAACAUCUAGAGCUGAUCCAAAACGCUGCAGCCAGAGUACUGACGGGAGUUAGCAAGAGAGAUCAUAGUUCUCCUAUAUUGGUUUCUCUUCAAUGGCUUCCUGUUAAAUCUAGAAUAGAAUUCAAAAUCCUUCUUCUGACAUAUAAAGCUCUUAACAACCAAUCUCUAUCAUAUCUUAAAGACCUGAUAGUACCAUAUUACCCUAGCAGAACUCUUCGCUCUCAGACUGCAGGCUUACUUGUUGUUCCUAGAAUCUCUAAAAGUAGAAUGGGAAGCAGAGCCUUCAGUUAUCAGGUGCCUCUCCUGUGGAACCAGCUCCCAGUUUGGGUUCGGGAGGCGGACACCCUCUCUACUUUUAAGACCAGGCUUAAAACCUUCCUUUUUGAUAAAGCUUAUAGUUAGGGCUGACUGGGGGACCCUGACGGGGUGAGCUGAUGUUUUCAUUUGCACAACUGACUUCCCCUCUUUACGUCCCUUUAGUUUGCCUCUAGUUAUGCUGCUAUAGGCCUAGGCUGCUGGGGAACCUCUCUGGAUGCACUGAGCCCUUCUCUAUCUACCUAUGUAUUUAAUAUAUAUACCAUUAUUGCAUUACACUAACUAUGUUUCUCCCUGUGUCCUUUCUCCGAGUGUCCCUGGUCCCAGAGCUGGAUGCUUCAGAUGUGUGGUUGUUCUCCCACCUCCAGCUGCCCAUUUCCACCGAUCUACUCUGCAUUGCCCUUACUGUAAAUGGGUCCCCCCAUAUUAGAGCCGGGUUCUGCUCAAGAUGUUCAGAGGGAGAUGAUGCCACAUCUGGUCCAGCUGAUGGAAGGUCUUGAAGUUCUCUGACUGGCCUCGACUGAAGAUGGUCGUCUCACUGGAUUUAAGGUUCAGAUGCUCAGUAACAAACUCCACCAAUGAGCCAACAGGGAAGCUUUAGGUUUAUUAAAUGUUGCUAUGAAGGUAUCGCUGUUUUUCUUUGUGAAUGCAAUGUGUUCCAACUGAAACUUGAAUUAGAACUUAGAAGUAAAUCCUUCCAUCUGAAAGGAUCUAGUUGCAUUAAUAACCUCAUAACAUUCUAAUUUUUAUUCCAGUCUUGGUUGGAAAUAGAAUCUCUGUAUUGAUUCAAGUAAAAACUGAACUUCACAGCAUGUUGGAGCAAAACAACCAGAUGAAAACUGUGAUGGUGUUGGAUUGUCAGACUGUAAUGUUGCAGCUCAAAGCAGCUUUUCUAUCUCAGUUUAUUCUGACAUUCAGCUAUGAAUCAACACAGCAGAUGGUGAUCCAUGCUGUGGAAGUCUCACAUCUCCUGAUUUAAUGGAGCUGCUUUGCACUUUUUACACUGUUUAUUCACCAACACUUUAUUUAAUAAAAGUCCCAUCUAGUUUUUAUGAGGAAUGUGAGGUUUUAAUUUCUCUGUGAAUAACUGCAGUCUAAUGCAACAGCUGAAAUUGUAACAUCUGUCCUGAUAUUGAUCAUGAAGUAUUGAUCAGAAUACUUAUGGUUAGCAGUCAUCCCUGAAGUUUUACAUUAAAAUCCUUACUUGUGUUGAUAACUUUGGCAAGAAGCAGAAACGUUAGCGUUGCCAUGGAUACAUGAGUGUUAAAUUCUGUCCAUGUUUCCAUUUUGGGAAAUGCACUCCAGUUCCAGAAUGUGGAGGAAUUUAGUCUCAAUCACAGACAACAAAUAUUAUCUGAAAGUUGGGUUAUUGUUGUUUAUCAGCACAAUACAAAAAGAUUAAUGUUAGAAAUAUUCCAGUUAAGACCCUAGAAUAUCUUGAUUUAUGUAAAUUUACCUCAAUAAUAUGAAUGUUCAGGUUAAGAUUGUACACUGAUAUUAUGUAAGUUUAGCUGAUUAAAGUUUAUUACUCUGCACUAAAAUAUUAUUUAAAUUGACAUCAUUAUUAUAAUAUUUAGGGUCAGACCCUACAGUAUUGAGAUUAAGAAAUCAAAUAUUCUAUAAAAUGUAAAUACACUGAACUCAUUUGGAGAUAUUUAAGUGAGACUCUACAAUAUUAUUUGCCACAAAUCUAUCUAAAUCAAAAUUUUAAUCAUUUUUACUCCAAACAUUUACUGGACUGAUUUAAAUAUUAAAAUCACUCCUUUCUAAUCCUCUGCUGUACAUUCAAACCUGAGGCCUGAAAUAGAACCACACAAGUAUCUGUUUGAAGGAACUUCUGUAGAGUCCUGGUUCCAGAACAUGAUGAUAGAAUUAUAGACAAACUUUAACAAAAGCUGCCUGAGAGUUUACAGGUUUUUGUGUUGGAUUUCUUCAGUAAUUUAAUGAGAGUUAUCAGCAAUAAUCAAGUGUUCAUUUGAUGAACUUCAUUUCCUAAAACAUCCAGAAUUGGAGCUCAUAUCUUUGGCAGCUGUAAAGUUUCUGCUCCUUCAAAGUUCACAACACAAUGAAUUAAUUCCUAAAACACUCUUAGUGCUGGUGAGCGUUUGUGAUGCUGAAGCAGUGAGCAGUUUUUCCGUUUCUUCUCUGGAGAUGCACAAUGAGGGACAUCUGCAGCAACUGAGAAAGAGUCUCACCACAUCCUGACAUGAGGAAAAAAACUUUAUUGAAGACUACAAUGAGAAAAAGUAUCCAGACAGCAUGCAUUCAAGGUGAGUUCUGAACAUUUGAUCUGGAACAGGAAUUCAAUAACGGCAGCAUGAGCUUCAUUUCAGUCUGUAGCUGCUGAAUUCAUGGAUGAAUCAUCUGGCACUAGAGAGGAAGACCAUCAAACAUCCACGUCAGCUGAUGGAGGUCCAAGAGUCUCACCGAACAACCAACCUACAGAGUGAAGACCUCGAAUCUGAUUGGACGGCCUCCUAUUCAACCACAUUUUCGGCUGUUAGAUUGUUCCAGAUAAGACAAAUACAAGAUUCUUCAGAGCCAUUCUACCACGAGCCUGACAGGAAGAACUCCAACAGCUACUGAAUGUUCCUGUGGUCCCCUCAACGCUACAGGAGGAGCCCUACGAGGACGAGCCGGUCCACCUGAUGGCGGCCAGUCGCUGCAGUUCAAAGCCAACACCGACUACGUGGACUUCUACUGGACCACACAGAGGCCUUCAAACCGGACCAACAAGUUCACCGACUCCCCGACUCGUGGGUCUGAGGACGCUGCCGAGUCUCGGUCCAGCCAGCCUCCUGUCUGUGGAUGUUUGAGUGCUGAGAGGUUUGUGGAUACCACAGAACUACAGCCUCUUCACAACCUGCUCAAACUCUUGGUACAGGACCUCACCACACGGGUCAAGAAGGUUUCCGUCUCAUUUCUACUCUGAAGCUCACCUUCUCCUGCUCAAACUGCUGACAAAUGUUUCUGCUGCUCUAAAGUCUGGUCUCCAGAACUUUCUAAAAACUCUCAAAGUCUCUUCUGCUGCAGGUUGCUUUGUAGAACUGUUGCAGAAAACCUCACUCAACCACAUGGAGGAGCCUCAAGAUAGUCGUCCAAAUGAAACCAUACAAAAACCAAACUAGCACAACCCAAACGCUAAAGUCUCCUGCAGCCUACCAGAGAACCUCUGAGAACAGAGAAUCAGGACAGGAACUCUUACCUUCUGGACAACCAACGUGGGUUCUCAAAAAAGAAUACAGAAUGUGUCUCACCAAAAACUUCUAAAGACUCACUACAGGCAAGAUAAUGACACAACUCAGCUGUACCAAAUCCACUAAUCACUGCACACAUUAGCACCAUGUGCUAACUGUGGCUAAAGAACCACAUUUACCAAGACAACUAUCCAGUACAAAGCCCUAAAACACACCAAGAAACACAUUAAAGUCUAUUUUACUGCUGGAAGCUGCAAGCCAACGCCUAAAGAACAAAAUAAAGCAACAGAGCCAAACCCAGUUAGUGGUGAAGAGAAACAGAGGAAAUGUUUGAGUGCAGCCACAUAAAGCAGGAAGACACUGAGCUGCUCAGGUGUUCCUGAUAACACCAAGCAGCCACCUGGACAGCCAAUAGGAACACAGCUUACUGGAAGUCCAGAGGGCUGGGUUAGUGAAGGAAAUUUAGUUUAAAGUUGAAGCAGAAAGUUAACAAAGAAAGUUGAAAACCACCUUCUGAUACCUGAAAUCUGAGUUUUCACACAAAGAACACCUGAACAUGUCAAACUGGUUCCAUAGUAGAACCAUCAUUGUAAAAACGUCAUAGUAUGGUGUGUUGCUCAAACAACAUUACGACCCAGCUGUCUGGGGUCACAGAGGAGCAACACAAAACCAGGACAAAUGCUGGUUUCCAGAGGGUUAGGUGGCUAUUUAUUUGAAAGAGUAAGUUUACAACAACACAACAUGUGAGCAGAAAAAUCACAAAGUCUGUCUUUAGUUCAGCUGAAAAUAUUACCUUUUGUCUUUUUUAUUGACCAAACAUUUCAGGAAGUAGAUGAAGAAUAAUUAAAGCUCUCAUGUAGAAGUCCAACUUAUUUUGGAUCCUUGUGGAGAGUUUAAUCUUAGAGUUUGUAAAGCUGUUGAGUUUUUAGAGUCACAUGGAUUGUUUUGACAUUUAAUAACCGAGUCCUGAAAUAAAAUUACAGUUGUGGAUUUCUGUCAUUUAGUCUUGACUAAACAAAUAACAGCAGCAUAAAUCUCAAACAUCAUUAUGAGGAGUCUGGAUUGAGGUUUCUCACUUGAUAAUGAUCAAAACAUGAAAUUUAGGUUGGUUUAAAGGAAUAUUUCACCUUAAAUCUUUGAAUGUUGACCUAAAAGGUUGGUUUCAGGAAGUAUUCCACCUACAAGGUCCUCAUACAUCCACCUUAAAGGAACAUUCCACCAAAAAUCCUUGGACAUGCACCUAAAAUGUUGGUUGGUAUUCCAUCCAAAAUCCUCAGAAACCUGAGGGGCUGCUUAAAAGGAAUAUUCCACCUAAAACCUCAAAUAUAGACCCGAAAGGGUGGUUUCGAAAAAACCCAUCAAUGUAGACCAAAAAAGUUAGUAUGGAGGAAUAUUCCACCUGAAAUGUAGACCUGAGAAGUUGGUUCAGAAGAAUAUACCAUCCUAAACAUCCUUAAAUGUAGACUAAAAGACGAUUUGGAAGAAAAUUCCACCUAAAAUCCUCCAAUGUAGACCUAAAAGGUGAGUUUAAUGGUAUAUUCCACCUAAAAUUCACUACUGUAGACCUUGGAGGUUGGUCUGAUGGUAUAUUCCAUCCAACAUCCUUGAACAUUAACUUAAAAAGUUCAUUCAAAGGAAUAUUCCACCUAAAAUCCUUCAAUGUAGACCAAAAAAUCUUGGUGUAAAGGAGUAUUGCACCUUAAAUGUAGACCUAAAGGAUGGUUUGGAGUAAUAUUCUACUCUAAAAUCUUCCAAUGUAGACCUAAAAGGUUGAUCUGAUGGUAUAUUCUACCCAACAUCCUGGAACAUUUACCUAAAAAGUUGGUUUAAUGGUAUAUUCCCAGAAGAACCCUUGAACAUUGGGCUUAAUGGUAUAUUCCACCCAAAAUACUUGUACAUAUACGAAGAAGUCGGUGUAAAGGAAAUGUAGACCUAAAAGGAUUGUUUAAAGGAAUAUUUAAACGAUUAUUUUCAUUAUUUAAUAAUCUGUUAUCAGUCAGAACCCUGGCAAACUUAUUUAUCUUUUUUUUUUUUUUUUUUUAGUGGAAGUCACAAAUAAAGGAGCUCU